UCCGGGGGUUGCAUUCUUUCUUCUUCGCUGCAGAGUUUAGGGAGAGGGGAAAGCUAGGAAAGGCAAAUCUUUCUUGUUAUCCGUUUCGGCUUGCUUCUGUUUUCUUUCUGUCUAUUCUCUCUUAGGGUUUUUGGUGGAAGACGACGGAGGUCAAGCGUGGGUUUCGACGCCAUGGCCAACGACGCUUCGGUGCCCGCCAUCGCCUCGAGGGACGCCGGCAAGAAGAAGAGGACCAACAGGUCGGCGAAAUUGAAGCAAUGCAAGCUCGACGCAAGGCGCGAGCAAUGGCUAUCUCAAGUCAAGAACAAGGAUGGCAAAAAUCCGAGCAUGGGCAUCGGCCCCAAUGUCUCCUCUCCUCCCCAUCCACCCCUUCCUCGGUCAGGCAAGAGAGUUUCAGAGACGAGGUCGAGGGAGGAGGAGGAGCGGGAAGAGCACAACAUCAGUGAUUUGGACUCCCCGACCCACAGCCACACUUCGAGCACAUCUGGGACCUCAUCAAGAAAGGGUUGCCCUACCAACAGCAUCAGCAGUAGAAGCAGCAUCGAAUCCACCUCAAGAAGUGUCAGCGACACGGAGGAGGAGGAGCCGGAUGGAAGAGAAGAAGAAAAUGGAGUAUUGGAUGAUUGGGAAGCGGUGGCGGAUGCCUUGUCCACUGACAAUGAUAACAACCAUUCCCCUGUAGUCUACCCUGCCGAGCCCGCUGCGUCCCCUGGAACCAGAAAUGAGGCACUUUGUGGGACCAGUACAAAGCUGCGGCCCAUUCGGCCAACUCCCAGAGCUUGGAAACCGGAUGAUGUGUCCCGGCCACAGAGCCUGCCCAGUAUCUCAAAGCAGAGGAGCUUCCCUGUCAGCAUGGAGCGGCGCUCCAUGCAACCAGGCAUCCUUGCCGUGCCAUCCCCAUGCCCUAUAUGCUACGAGGACCUGGACCCCACAGACUCAAGCUUCCUUCCCUGUUCGUGUGGCUUCCACCUCUGCCUCUUCUGCCACAAGAGGAUUCUUGAGGCUGAUGGCCGUUGUCCUGGUUGCAGGAAGCAGUAUGACACAAUGGGUAUGGUGUUGGAUGUGGACAGUGGAGGCAUGCCGAAGUUAUCCCGUUCUUGUAGCAUGAUUUCAAGAUCUUCGAGCAGGGGAUAGUUGUUUUCCAGUUUUAAUCUCUCUUCUUUGCUCUUAUAAAGUCAUUUGGGAGAUGUUAUAAGUGUCCAAUUACUCACAAAUUUUGAUAUCCUAGAAGAAAGUAAUGUGAAAAUAUCAUAGAAUUAGGGGCUCCAUAGAACAAUUUCCAGGAAAUUGGGUCUGUCUUUGAGUUCAAUUCUUACAAGACAUGUGAUCUUGUUGUAGAGGACUAUUGGUUGUUAAUAGUUUGGAGUAUAUAAAUACUGCUUACAAUGAGUUCUGGUGCACUAUAUGUAAGUUUGUUGCUAUGCAUUUAUGCAUUUUCUCUUGGUUUUCUCAUUAAGCUGUUUGUUUGACUACAUUGUCAACUUCAGUGGACCAAUUGUUACUCCCAUAUUAUUGUUAUGGAUUAUAAAUGAAUUAUGUGAUGCAAUAAUGAUAUUCCC